UCUUAUUAUUCACGUGAAAAGGCGAAAUUGUAAUGGGAAAGUUGUACCAAACGUAGCCGUAAUUUUUGCCAAAAAAUCCACAAACUCAGAUACCGACCGACCUGUGUGUGGCUCGACUUCCAAACCCGAAUAAGUUCCGAACUCCCAGCUUCGUCCCUGCUCGUCGGCCAAUCCAAUUCUGUCCCCGUUGAUCCAGUUCGCCAAUGAAGUGCCGAUCCGUUGCGUGUAUAUGGUCCGCCUCUCCUCCGCCGCACAGAGUCACCGCCGUCGCCGCCCUAAGCCAACCUCCCACUCUCUACACCGGCGGAUCCGAUGGCUCCAUCGUCUGGUGGAACGUCUCUGCCACCGACUCCAACCAGGAAAUUAAACCAGUUGCUUUGUUGUGCGGCCACGCUGCCCCCAUAGCUGAUCUUGGGAUUUGUUUUCCAACAGUAUACUCAGGAGAUGUAAAGAUUGAUCAUUUAAGUAAUGUCUCAGCGAAUUCUAAUUCAGUUGAUUAUGGUGCACUAAUCAGUGUGUGUACCGAUGGUGUAUUGUGUGUUUGGAGCAGAGGCAGUGGACAUUGUAGGUGCAGAAGGAAAAUGCCACCAUGGGUGGGGAGUCCCUCUUUAAUACGGUCAUUUCCUGAAAACCCAAGAUAUGUUUGUGUUGCUGCUUGUUUUGUUGAUGCUGUCAAUUCAGUUGACCACCAGUUGUCUCCUGAGGGGGGUGAGGCUUCCAUUGAUAGAGACCCGCUACACCGUAAACCUUCCAAGUGUACAGUUGUAAUUGUUGAUUCAUAUACUCUUACUAUUGUCCAAACCAUUUUUCAUGGUAAUUUAUCCAUUGGGCCUUUGAGAUUCAUGUCUAUAGUUUCACGAGUUGAGGAUAUGGAAAAACAGUCAGUGCUCCUUGGUGAUUCAUAUGGUAAGCUACAAUGUGUGCCUAUACUGAAGGAACCCAACUCAGACAGUGAAACUGGGACAGCAUUGCAAAAAAAUUCUUAUAAUUUGGAAAUGACUGAUUGGGUGGAGGGUUCCAGUGAGGGGUUACAGGUUGUGACUACCAGAGGGCAGGUUUUAGCUCAUGUAUAUAGAACCUACUGCAUUUUUAGGUUAGUGGCCAGUGGUAAUACAAUUGGAGAGAUUUCUUUUGUUAAUAAUAAUCAACUUUGUCUUGAAGAGGGUUCUGCUCAAUUAUAUGUUAUAGGGGGCAUGUUUCUUGAGAGGGAUGAAUCUAGGAAGAUACUGAAAACCCAGGAAUUCCAUGACAGGUUUGCAGAAAACUUUGCUGUUUGGAAUAAUAGAGGUUUUGCAGUUGUGUAUAGUAUAACAUAUUCAGACAGCAUUUUCGAUUUCGAGCUUCUAUCUGUGAUACCUGCUGUGACUUGUCCCAUUGAUGUGAGGUUAUCAAUUUAUUUUAUUCAAUUGAGUUGUUAUCUUCUUCGUAUUGAAUCAAUUUGCUUUCAUGUUGAAGAAUCUUUGCUGUGGAAACCCCAUGUCACAACCUGGUUACUGCCUCAGCAGCAUGAUAACAACUUGAAUUUGCCUCAGCAGUGCAAAAUGGUUGGGGAAGGUAGAUUUUUUGUUGACUGGAUUUCAAGCUUAACUUCUCCUAAUGAAACUAAGGCCCUAAGGCACGAUGCUGGCGCGGAACUAAUAGGCCAAGGGACUCAGUUCUCCCAGAAAAAUUGUGUGCCUUGUCCCAAUGGAGAUAAUAUACAUGCAACUGAUGGAAAGUAUUGGUUUUCCCAAAAGGGACGACUUGUAUCUUCUUCAAUGAUCAUUUCUGAGUCCUACUACACUCCUUAUGCUGCUGUAUACGGAUUUCACAGCGGUGAAAUAGAAGUUGUACAUUUUAAUAUCUUUUCUGGGGGAUUUGAUUCUUACGGUAGAAGUCAACAUCAUGAAGUCGAUUCAAAUGUAUCAAAACAAUAUUUUUUAGGUCACACAGGUGCUGUAUUGUGUUUGGCUGCACAUUGGAUGGUUGGCACUGCCAAAGGAUGGAGCUUCUGUCGGGUUUUAGUGUCCGGGAGCAUGGACUGUACAAUCCGUUUAUGGGAUCUUGAUUCUGGCAAUCUCAUCACAGUGAUGCACCAUCAUGUAGCUCCAGUACGCCAAAUAAUUCUCCCCCCACCUCGAACUGACCGUCCAUGGAAUGAUUGUUUUCUUUCUGUUGGGGAGGACUUUUGUGUCACUCUUGUUUCUCUUGAGACUUUGCGUGCGGAGAGAAUGUUUCCUGGACACCCACACUAUCCUUCAAAAGUUGUAUGGGAUGGUACAAAUGGUUAUCUGGCAUGUCUCUGCCAGAACCAUUCAGGAACAUAUGAUGCACUUGAUGUUUUAUACAUUUGGGAUGUAAAGACGGGUGCUCUUGAGCGUGUUCUCCGUGGUACAGCUUCUCAUUCAAUGUUUGAUCAUUUUUGUAAAGGCAUCAACACGAAUUCACCAUCCGGUGCUGUAUUGAAUAGAAAUACUUCGGCUUCUUCAUUACUUCUUCCCUUAAUUGAAGAUGCUAACCUUUCACAAUCUCAUUCCAAACACUUAGGCAAGGGGGCCUCCUCUUCGUCAAAUAUGUUACCAAGUAUAACAAAUAUGACUGAGGCCAAUGCUUCCCAAAAGCAUUCUAGUAAAGUUAACUCUGCAAAACUAUCUUCAUCGAUGCCAUCAAUCCUUCGGAGCAACAAGCAUCCCAUCAAUUGUACUAGUCCAUUUCCUGGAAUUGCAGCUCUGAGUUUUGACCUUGCGUUAUUAAUGUCUCCUUUUCAGAACCACGUGAACUUCAAAGAUGGUGGUGAGAAGAGAAGGAAUACCCAUGUGAAUGAACAUGGAGCUAAAAUGUCCAAAGAUAUGGGCUACGAGCAAGAUAAAAACCAUGUGAAGGAACUGGGGGCUGAGAAACCAAGUCCGCACCAUGUGACGACAAAUGGGACCAUACUCAAUGGUUCUGAUUUACAAGGGACCUCAACUGAUACUGCUGUGGAUGAUGAGUGGGUUCGGUCACUUGAAGGAUGUUUUCUUCAAUUUAGCUUGUCAUUUUUGCACUUGUGGAAUGUGGAUAUUGAACUUGAUAAGUUGCUCAUGACUGAAAUGAAACUUAGGAGACCAACAAAUUUCCUUCUUGCUUCUGGUUUGCAAGGGAACAGAGGAUCUUUGACAUUGACAUUUCCUAGUUCAAGGGCUGCUCUUGAGCUCUGGAAAUCAUCAUCAGAGUUUUCUGCAGUGAGGUCACUAACCAUGGUUUCCCUAGCCCAGCGCAUUGUUAGCUUGUCUCAUUCUUGUUCAGCUGCCAGCAGUGCCUUGGCUGCAUUUUAUACUCGGAAUUUCUUAGAGAAAACUCCAGAUGUGAAGCCACCUUUGCUCCAGCUAUUGGUAAGUUUUUGGCAAGAUGAAAGUGAACAUGUAAGAAUGGCUGCACGUUCUUUAUUCCAUUGUGCUGCUUCACGAGCUAUUCCACUUCCCCUAUGCAGUCAAAAAGCAAUUGAGCAUGAAAAUCUUCUGGCGUCUCUAAAUGAAACUGGAGUAAAUGAACAGAAAAUUUUCAACACAGAAAAAACAUCUGGAAGCAGGUUAAAAUCUGAUGGCAUGCUGGAAACCCAAGGGCUCUCUCGGGCUGAGGAAUCUGAAAUACUUGCUUGGCUAGAAUCAUUUGAAGUGCAAGACUGGAUUUCUUGUGUUUGGGGAACAAAUCAAGAUGCAAUGACAUCGCAUAUCAUUGUUGCUGCAGCAUUGGCCAUUUGGUAUCCUAGCCUUGUCAAACCAAGUCUUGCUGUGCUGGUUGUUCAUCCAUUGAUGAAGUUGGUUAUGGCCAUGAAUGAUAAAUAUAGUUCCACUGCUGCGGAGCUUCUAGCAGAAGGUAUGGAGAGUACAUGGAAGGCAUGCAUUGCUUCUGAAAUACCUCGUCUGAUUAGUGAUAUGUUCUUCCAAAUAGAGUGUGUUAGUGCACCUGCCAAUUCAUCAGCACAAAAUCCAGCUGUACCUAUAAAUAUUCGGGAGACUUUGGUUGGGAUUCUUCUUCCAAGUUUAGCAAUGGCCGAUAUACUGGGGUUUCUAAAUGUGAUAGAAAGCCAGAUUUGGUCUACUGCAUCUGAUUCCCCUGUUCAUGUAGUUUCUCUAAUGACUCUUAUAAGGUUCAUACGUGGUUCUCCAAGAAACAUAGCUCCAUAUCUUGAUAAGGUGGUUAAUUUCAUUUUACAGACCAUGGACCCUAGCAACUCCGUCAUGCGCAAAACAUGCCUUCAAAGUUCAAUGGCAGCUCUGAAGGAAGUUGUACGCAUAUUUCCUAUGGUAGCACUGAAUGACACAUCAACACGAUUGGCUGUUGGCGAUGCCAUUGGGAAGACCAAUCAUGCUAUCAUCCGGGUAUAUGACAUGCAAAGCAUGACAACAAUAAAAGUUUUGGAUGCAAGUGGACCUCCAGGACUUCCAAGUCUGCUUGGAGGAGCUUCAGAAGUGGUGGUAAUCACUGCCAUUUCAGCUUUAAGCUUUUCACCAGACGGAGAGGGGUUAGUUGCUUUUUCUGAGCAUGGGUUAAUGAUCAGAUGGUGGUCACUGGGAUCUGUGUGGUGGGAGAAACUCAGCCGAAACCUUGUUCCUGUUCAGUGCACUAAACUAAUUUUUGUUCCCCCGUGGGAAGGAUUCUCACCGAACUCCACUAGGUCAAGCAUAAUGGCAAGCAUAAUGGAGUCUGAUAGACAUGGCAAUGCAAAGGAGAAUGCAGGGGGUGUGAGUGAUGUUGAUAGGUUGAAACUUAUGAUUCAUAAUCUUGAUCUCUCUUAUCGACUAGAAUGGGUUGGUGAGAGAAAAGUACUUCUUACGAGGCUUGGCCAUGAGUUAGGCACUUUUCCGUUGUAGUCAUCAUCCAGAUUCUGAUUUGGGGAAAAUCACUACCCUUUGUGGGAAUUCUGGUUUGGCAAAAGUUUUGAUAAUAUUGCACUGUUUAACUUGCGUUAUCUCAACAAGGAAGAAUAAAUUUGCACAAUUAUGCGAGAACUUCCCAUGCAAAAGGGUCUUGUUCUCCUCGGCUUUGUCUGGUGAUCUCAAGCUUCUGGUCUGCAGUUUUCAUUUCUUUCUGAAGGUGAUGGUGUGCAACUGCAUCAGUAACAGCUCAAAACUCCUUGGUCAGUGCUUGCUUCCAGUUGAUUUCUAAUUUAAGCGAUGUGCUCGUUCAUUUUAUUUCUUCCCUCAUAUAUGAAUAUCGAGUGGCAUUGAAUCCUAACAACCGAGUUUGACCAGUUUCUUUACACUUCUCUAGAUGGGUUUUGACAUUCUUUUGAGUUUCUGUUUUGCCGAAUAAUAUUUGAUCUGUCAAAGUAUUCAGGCUCUGCUGAUUUGGUCUUGAGUCCAAAAGUUUUGGUUUUAUUGUUCUUGUAUUUUGUUCAUCUCCGUACUAUAUAUUUACCUUUUAUGUCAGCAAUAAGUCAUGUUUCUC